AUGGCGCGCCCCGCCUGACCCAAUGUGUUCAAAGGUCAGAGUGUGUGAGUAGUGGCACGUGACUGGCAAGAUGGCUGCUGUGUUGUGGCACUCCAGAGACAGGAAUUACAAAGCAGAGUUCAAGUCAUGCUGCUUCGAGGCUGUACCUCUUGAAUUUGGUGACUUCCAUCCUCUGAAACUUAUUACAGUCACUGAGUCAAAGACUAAGAAAAUAGUGCGUAAAGGAAGUACUUCUUCGACAUCAUCUUCAUCCUCCAGUUCGAUGAUGGACCCUCUGAGCAGCAUGCUGGAUGGGAGUGAUCCUCUGUCACAGUUCGUUGCAACAGCAGAUCCUCUGACGUCUGCAGUCAUGGGAGCAGGAAAAAACAAUGCCAACAUGGAUCCUGGUAAGAAACAACGUGACAAAGCAGAGGACACAGCAGUUGGGAGUGACUUUGAGCCAUGGUCUGGAAAACGCACCUAUAUACUUACACGGUACACGACUACAGAAAAACUUUCCAUUAAUUUAUUUAUGGGAUCUGAGAAAGGUAAAGCCACAAGUCCUGGAUCUGCCGUUUCAGAAAAAGUGAGGACUCGUUUAGAAGAGUUGGAUGACCUGGAGGAGGGGUCUCAGAAAGAGCUGUUAAACUUGACACAGCAGGAUUACAUCAACAGGAUUGAAGAAUUAAAUCAGUCACUAAAAGACGCAUGGGCUACAGAUCAAAAAGUGAAAGCACUGAAAAUAGUUAUACAGUGCUCAAAGCUGCUGUCCGAUACUACCGUGAUCCAGUUUUACCCAAGCAAAUUUGUUUUGAUUACUGAUAUUUUGGAUACCUUUGGUAAACUAGUGUACGAAAGGAUUUUAUCCAUGUGUGGAAGUAGUCGUGUUUCCCUUCCUGGAAUCCCUGUGUCAGAUACCUUUGGUCCAGAUGAAGUGAAUGAGACUGCAAAAGAAACUUGUUUGAACUGGUUCUUCAAGAUUGCCUCCAUCAGGGAGCUCAUUUCCAGAUUUUAUGUGGAGGUGGCCAUAUUAAAAUGUAAUACAUUCCUUUCUAAAACUGGGAUCUCUGAGACUCUCCCUCGGUUGACCUCUAUGAUAAGAGGCAUUGGUGAUCCAUUGGUUGCUAUCUAUGCGAGAGCAUAUCUUUGCAGGGUUGGAAUGGAAGUGGCACCACAUUUGAAAGACAACUUGAAUAAGAACUUUUUUGAUUUCCUCUCCACAUUUAAACAAAUUCAUGGCGAAACCGUUCAAAACCAGCUCGCUGUGCAGCGGGUGGAAAUCCCAGUCUACCUUACACUAUAUUCUCCUGCUAUAGACUGGAUUCUUCAAUGUAUUGCAUACAGAGCACCAGAGACUUUACUGACAGAAAUGAUGGACAGAUGCAAGAAACUUGGAAACAAUGCUUUGCUGUUGAACUCUGUAAUGUCAGCAUUUAAACCGGAAUUCAUUGCGGCAAGAUCUAUGGAUUUCAUUGGAAUGAUAAAGGACUGUGAGGAGUCUGGCUUUCCCAAGCAUCUUCUUUUCCAAUCCUUGGGGUUGAACUUGGCUUUGGCUGAUCCACCUGAGAAUGACAGACUGCAAAUUCUUAAUGAAGCUUGGAAGGUUAUUACCAAACUUAAGAAUCCACAGGAUUAUGUUAACUGUGCUGAGGUUUGGAUAGAAUAUACAUGCAAGCAUUUCUCAAAACGAGAAGUUAAUACUGUGCUAUCAGAUGUCAUUAAGCAUUUAACUCCAGAUCGAGCUUUUGAAGAUGCUUACCCACAGCUUCAAUCAAUUAUAGCAAAAGUACUAGAUCAGUUUCAUGACUUUGCGGUUCUAUUUUCAAUGGAGAAGUUCCUCCCUUUCCUUGAUAUGUUCCAAAAAGAGAGUGUCAAAGUGGAGGUCUGCAAAUCAAUUAUGAAUGUUUUUAUUAGGCAACAGCAAGAAUUGACCCGUGACCCUGUCAUUCUUAAUGCUCUGAUGCAUAUUUGCAAGACAAUGCACGACUCUGUCAAUGCUUUAACAUUGGAAGAUGAAAAACGGAGUUUGGCCAUUUUAAUCAGUGGAUUUAUCAGAAUGGUUUCAUUUGGUCGUGACUUUGAGCAGCAGCUAAGCUUGUAUGUGGAAGCCCGAUCCACCUUCUGCAACUUGGAACCUGUCCUUAUCCAAUUGAUCCAUAGUGUGAAUCAGCUUGCAAUGGAAACAAAGAAAGUAAUGAAAGGCAAUCAUUCCAGAAAGACAGCAGCAUUUGUGCGGGCUUGUGCUGCAUAUUGUUUCAUUACAAUUCCAUCGCUGACGAGUAUCUUUGCACGUCUUAAUCUCUACUUGCUCUCUGGUCAAACAGCUCUUGCAAACCAGUGCCUUUCGCAAGCUGAUGCUUUUUUUAAAGCAGCUAUCAGCCUUGUUGUGGAAGUACCAAAAAUGAUAAACAUAGAUGGAAAAAUGAGAACGUCUGAAGGGUUUCUUCUGGAAUUCCUGAAUAACUUCUUUUCCACGUUAUUGAUUGUACCUGAUCACCCAGAGCAAGGUGUCUUGUAUUUGGUGAGAGGCCUUUUGAAUGUGAUCCAGGACUACAUUUGGGAAGAUCAUUCUGAUUCAAAAGUACGAAUCUAUAUAAAUGUUUUGCAUUUGUUGGCUGCAGCAAGUCAAGAAACUUAUCUUUAUCAUGUGGGAAAAGUGGAUUCCAAUGAUAAUCUCUACGGCAGUGACCCCAAAUUCUUGGCUGAAAUUAAUAAACUUGCUGAAACUCUGAUUGGACAAAUCUUAGACCAUCUCAAGACUCUUGGAAAAGAUGAGACUUUGAAGCGACAAAGUGCUUUGGCGUUAUCCUUGUUUAACAGCAUACUCGCCCAUGGAGAUCUGCAAAACCAUAAACUUAAUCAGCUGACAAUAAAUUUGUGGAAUCUUGCUCAAAAACAUGGGUUUGCUGACACCAAGAUCAUGGUGAGAACAUUAGAACACAUCAAACGUCAAAGUAAACAACCAAGCAUGAGUCAUUUUGCAGAUUUAAUGUUGAGGCUUCCACUCCAGUCCCGGACCUAAAUACUAUCACUUGUUUGUGCUCCACAAAAGCACAGCUGCCAUUGAGAUGAUGUCUGUCUCUUGAUACGGAAAAUCACUAAAAUAUACCAAGAUCGUGCUUUAUUAAGCGAUACUUUACUGCAAGUGGCCAACUUAAAAACAAAAAUGCACCUAAGUUCAGAAUGACAAGUGUUAGAUAUUAACUCGAGGAGCACCGUCCUCUUUCCACAUGAAAACAGAUGGAGAAUCUAUUUUGGGAGACUAGGUGAAUGUUCAGUGCAGGAGAAAACGAUCGCUAGUUUUGGUGAUUGCUGUAUACUUGAUCAAAAUCCGAGCAAAUUUGUACUGUACCAGGUGCAGGAGAAAAAAUGGGGACAAUGAGAUCCAAGAAGUUUGGAGAGAAAUUAAGUAUUGAAUUAAUAUUGACAUCUAAAAUUUGGAGUUAUGCACAGUCCAUAAUUAGUUAGCACUUGUAACGUCUUGAAAUUAAUAUUGAUCAUCUAAACCAAGGUAUAUUUAUUAAGCAGAAUAUUGACCGUGGAAACAGUAAAUCAGUUCUCUGAAAUGUAUCAUUAUUCAGUUCAUUACAUUAUGUGCAGUAAUUGUAUCCAAUAUCUGUAGAAUACAUUCGAAUAUUUUCCCCACUCAAUACAUGGGUGAUUUUAUUUUGGUCCUCCAGCUGAAAUUUCAAGCUUGUAAUUUGACAGUGAAGAUUUGUUGCAUUAAUUCAGAUAAGUAGAAGUAGAUUUUAAGUUUUCUGUAAGUUCGUCUUCAUUUAUUUUUUCUAGUCUUUCAAAAAGCUGUGAAUAUAAAAGAUCAGCAUAAAUUUUGAACAAUUGAUCAACUGCAAAUUGCGAAACACUGGUUUAUUUGGCCUUUGUUGUCCUGUCUCAGCUGAGAAUUGUUCAACGUUCAUGAAAUUACUCAGUUUAUGUACUUCUGCAUGGGCAUUCCAAAAAGGUGUAACUAAAGUUUGCAGAUUAUCCUUAUUCUUUAGGUAUUUUUUCAGUUAAGGUAUUCUGGGGAAAGAUUUUCUUUUGAAAAUUUAUUUAACACACAGGCUUACAAUUUCACUAAAACUGGGAAAGGAGUAUUUCCUUCCCCCUGUCAAUUAGGGGACACGACAUUUGUGCAUAAACUUGAAAUAGUUUUCAUAUUUCUUGUUUGGAACGUGUCUGGUAAAUGGCACUUUUUGGAAAAUAUUUAACUCCCUUUCAUGGAGCAAUUACAACAUAUUUUCUAAAACAUAAUUGCUUUGAAAUUAAAUCGUAAACUAAGGAUGAUGCCUUAUACUCACUAUAAUUUAUUUUUAAAUGGAUUUAAAACAAACUAAAAUAGUGUCUUGUCUGCAGUUCUCAGUAUCUGUGCUGGUAAAUUCAAAGUGAUGGAUAUACAUAACAUGCUCUUGUUUAAUACGUGUUUCACUUACUGUAAAAUAACAACCAUUUAUGUACAGACAAAAAUAAACUA